GAGAAAUGGAAUGAUUUGUGUUUAUCUCGCUGGUCAGAAUUAAACAAUGCAAACUGUUCACUGUAAUGCAAAAGGCAUAGGAACCUUAUGGAUUGAUGGAGUGGGAUUUACUUAGUAAGAGUUCGAGGCGUUAGAUAUGAACCCUAAGUACCCUGAAGAACGAAGAAAUACAUACGCAUACUAAGUUUUCUCUCUGUUUAAGUUCGUGUUCGCGUAGUAUAUUUGUUCAAGUUUCCAUUUCACAAUGGGAAUCAAGGGUUUAAUGAAGCUGUUGGCAGACAAUGCUCCCAAGGCCAUGAAAGAGCAGAAAUUCGAAAGCUAUUUUGGUCGCAAAAUCGCUGUUGACGCCAGUAUGAGCAUCUAUCAAUUUCUUAUUGUGGUGGGACGAAGUGGGUCUGAUAUGCUCACAAAUGAGGCUGGUGAAACUACGAGUCACUUGGUUGGGAUGUUCUCUCGGACAAUUAGGCUUUUGGAAGCCGGUAUAAAGCCAGCAUAUGUUUUUGAUGGGAAGCCUCCGGAUUUGAAGAGACAGGAGCUCGCAAAGCGUUACUCAAGAAGGGAAGAUGCGACAGCUGGCCUAGCGGCUGCAGAAGAGACUGGCAAUAAGGAGGACAUUGAGAAGUUUAGUAAAAGAACUGUAAAGGUUACACAGCAGCACAAUGAUGACUGCAAAAAGCUUCUUAGACUGAUGGGAGUACCGGUGGUUGAGGCUCCUUCUGAAGCUGAGGCACAGUGUGCUGCACUAUGCAAGGCUGAUCAGGUUUAUGGCGUGGCCUCAGAAGAUAUGGAUUCCUUAACUUUUGGAGCUCCAAAGUUUCUUCGCCAUUUGAUGGAUCCUAGCUCCAAAAAGAUACCUGUAGUGGAGAUUGAAGUUUCAAAGGUCAUAGAGGAAUUAGAACUUACAAUGGACCAGUUCAUUGACCUGUGCAUUCUAUGUGGAUGUGACUAUUGUGAUAGCAUACGUGGUAUUGGGCCGCAAACAGCUCUGAAGCUUGUUCGCCAACAUGGCUCGCUAGAAAGCAUAUUAGAGAAUAUUAACAAAGAAAGAUACCAGGUACCAAAUGAGUGGCCAUAUGAAGAGGCUAGACAACUUUUUAAGGAUCCGUUAGUCCUAAAGGGCGAUGAUCAACCGGAGCUUAAAUGGGGUGCUCCAGAUGAAGAGGGUUUGGUUGAAUUCCUGGUGAACCAAAAUGGUUUCAACAUUGACAGAGUUACAAAGGCAAUAGAAAAGAUAAAGGCAGCCAAGAAUAAGUCUUCUCAAGGGCGAGUCAUUCUUCAAACCAGCUGCUAGCAUAUCAGUACCAGCCAAAAGAAAGGGAAGAGCCAGAUGUGUUCUUGUGUCUUUGAUUCCUGUAACAAAGUUUAGAAUGUUCUCUAUACAAGCCUCCUUUAUGCCAAAGGGUCUUUUGCAUCCUAAUCUCACGAUCCUUAGAUUUGAUCAUUCAAGUUUAAACUACUCCAUGCUGUUUAACAAAGGUGUCUGCUUCAGCAUAUGAAACUGUAAACCCUGAUGAUCCUCCAUCUUAAGUGCAUCUUUGGCUAGGAUAUACAGUCUUCAUUAAGGCUGUACUGGCUAUACAUACGACUAACUUACUAUUUUAACUAACCGUCGCCAAUGCUUUUGAAGUACAAAAAUACAAAUACCAUACAUGAUUGUAUUUUGAGUUUGGACUCCUUGAUGUUUUAUGAACUACUUGGGCUCUUUUUAGAACCCGUAAAAUACUGUGUAAAAUAUAGGAAGGAAAGCGUUGAGCAAAUUUGGAUGAAGAAAAUUUGAGGAAAAUAGAAACAUUAGUUCAAACUCAGUUAAUUUGAUCUUAAAAUGGUUUGAGUUCAGUUAUAUCUAUCAGUUAAUUUCAUUUUCCUUUGCAUUUGACUUCCCACUUUCAUUGGCAUUUUAUUUCCUUCCCGUAGCAUUUUCCGCGAUCUAAAUAUAGCCUUACUUAUCUGGAUUGCCUGGUAUGAUCUAUGGUGGAACACACAAACUGAGUAAUCUAAUCAAUUGAUGUCUUAUUCAAUGGCAGGAAACAACCCAGAAUGCUGAAAAAGGAGUGGCAAACAAGAAACCAAAAGCUGUUGGGGGUGGGAGGAAGAAGAAGAAAUAGUCGGUAGUAAACUGAACAAGGGUGAUGAUUUUGAAAAGGUGAUAUUAACCCCAUUAUAUGGAUUCACCAGAGAUGGCUUGAUUUGGAAGUCAUACUUGAAAUGGAUGUGUUGAGGGCCAGUUAAAUUAAGUUGCUAAACAUGCAGCGAUUGCUCCCAACACGAUAAGUUGUGGAUUUAUUGUGAUUGGUUUCCUUUGUUUCUUUAGACAAGCUCUUUAAUUUCGUUCUUUAUGUCUUGAAGUAUAUUAAGUUGCUAGCUAAUGAAAACUAUCCACAAAAAGUAAAGCCUUAUACAUGUACUUUAAAGGAAGGGAAAGGGAAAGGG